AUGCCCGGCGAGGGCGGCCGGAACCCCCUAGAGGCUUGGUUCUGGGAGAUGCCAUUAUGCACACGAUGGUGGACGACGGCCACCGUUCUAACGAGCGCACUGGUGCAAUGCCAGAUGGUCACACCCUUUCAACUAUUCUAUAGCGUGCGAACCGUGUUUGGAAAAGGAGAGUACUGGAGAUUGUUGACCACCUUUUUGUACUUCGGCCCCUUCUCAUUAGACCUCCUAUUCCACGUCUACUUCCUCCAACGCUACGCCCGCCUCCUCGAGGAGUCCAACGGCCGAUCACCGGCGCACUUCUCAUGGCUCCUCGUCUAUUCCAUGGCCUUUCUCUUGGUCGUCUCGCCCUUCGUCUCUAUGCCGUUCCUCGGCCACCCCUUGUCCUCCACCCUCGUCUAUAUCUGGUCGCGCCGCAACCCCGAUACGCGAAUGAGCUUUCUUGGGCUUUUGGUCUUCACAGCGCCGUACCUGCCCUGGGUUCUGAUGGGGUUCAGCCUAGUUAUGCAUGGAACUGUUCCCAAGGACGAAAUCAUGGGUGUAGUCAUUGGCCAUAUCUGGUAUUUCUUCAACGAUGUGUACCCGCCAAUGCACAACGGCUCGAGGCCCAUGGACCCGCCCAGAUUUUGGCGCAGGUUAUUUGAAGGGAGACCCGCCAGAGAGCAACAUGAAGAUGACGACGCCACGGCUAUCAACAAUGAGUUCGCGGUCGGUGGAGGACCUGAGCUGGCUGCUGCUGCUGAUGUUCGAUGA